AUGUCGGCGGCCGGGGCCACGGUCGUCUGCGCGGCGAGGGACGGCGGCGAGCUGGGCCUCCUCCCGCUGCGCCCGCCGCCCUCCUCCUCCUCCUCCGCCGGCGCCGCCGCCAUCAUGAUCUACCUCACGGCGCCGGGGCUCGCCGUGAUGCCGAUGCGGGUGAUGGCGUCCGACUCCAUCGCGUCGGUGAAGCUCCGCGUGCAGACGUCCCGGGGCGUGACGGCGCGCAAGCAGAAGCUGGUCUUCGACGGCCGCGAGCUGGCGCGCGACGACGGCCGCAUCCGGGACUACGGCGUGGCCGACGGCAACGUGGUGCACCUCGUCAUCCGCAUCCCGGACCUGCGCCUCAUCACCGUCGAGACCGUGCAGGGCGGCAAGUUCAGGUUCCGCGUCGAGCCCGGGCGAACCGUCGGCUACGUCAAGCAGCAGAUCGCCAAGGACCGGCGGCUCCACCCGGCGACGCGCCCCGACCCCGACGAGCAGCGGCUCGUGCUCGAGGGCGAGGACCUCGACGACCGCCACCUCAUCCACGACGUCUGCAGGGCCGACGGCGCCGUCAUCCACCUGCUGGUGCAGCGCUCAUCGGCCAAGAUCAGCGCGGCCGAGGCCGACGGCGGCUUCGAGGUCUCCAUUGUCGCGCGGGACGCCGGCCAGCAGUUGCCACGGCGUGACGUCGGGAUCGAGCCCGUCGUCGUCGGCAACCCAAAGGAGGCGGCAGCGCAGCUUCCGUCGGCGGUCCGUGACAUGAUCGACGCGGCGGUCGCCGGGAUGGAGAACGGGAACGCGCCCAUCAUGUCGUCGGAGGGCACGGGGGGAGCCUACUUCAUGCAGGACGCGGCGGGGCACCGGCACGUGGCAGUGUUCAAGCCGGCGGACGAGGAGCCCAUGGCCGCCAACAACCCGCGCGGCCUCCCCGUGUCGUCCACCGGCGAAGGGCUCAAGAAAGGGACGCGCGUCGGGGAGGGCGCGCUCAGGGAGGUCGCGGCCUACAUCCUCGACCACCCACCCGGCGGCCGCCGCCGGUCGACCGCCGCCGCUGGCGCGCCCGGGUUCGCCGGCGUCCCGCCGACCGCGCUCGUCAGGUGCACGCACAAGGCCUUCAGGCAGCCAGAGGCGAGCCCGCUGGCGCCGCCGCCGGUGCCCAAGCUGGGAUCCAUGCAGGCCUUCGUCAGCAACUGCGGCAGCUGCGAGGACAUGGGUCCCCGCGCGUUCCCGGUCCAGGAGGUUCACAAGAUCUGCGUGCUGGACAUUCGCCUCGCCAACGCCGAUCGCCAUGCCGGCAACAUACUUGUCUGCAAGCACGACGACGGCGGCAUGUCGCUGGUCCCCAUCGACCAUGGAUACUGCCUCCCUGAGAGCGUCAGUUCUUCCGAUCCAUCCAUUUCUGCUUUCAUUUGCAUUGGUUCUUCUUCAUCUUGGAUUAAUUCGUGCAUGCAGUUCGAGGACUGCACGUUCGAGUGGUUGUACUGGCCUCAGUGCCGGCAGCCAUUCGGCGAGGAGACGGUGGAGUACGUGCGGUCCCUGGACGCGGAGGAGGACAUCGCCAUGCUCAGGCUCCACGGGUGGGAGGUGUCGCGCGAGUGCGCGCGCACCCUGCGCGUCGCCACCAUGCUGCUGAAGAAGGGCGUGGAGAGGGGCCUCGCCGCCUUCGACAUCGGGAGCAUCCUGUGCAGAGAGACGCUAACCAAGGAGUCCGCCAUCGAAGAGAUCGUCCGUGAGGCGGAGGCCCAACGCCAACGGGGAGGAGGAUGCGACGACGACGAGACUGCCUUCAUCUCGGAGGUCAUGGACAGCCGUCUCGACGAGAUACCACCGGCCGGAGCCAAAGUGAUUUGA